AACGUAAACAUGCACGUAGUGUUCCCGGCCACACCUGCGCAAUAAAUCCAUUCUUUACGCCGCCGGAUCAAGCGGAACUACAGGAAACCGCUCAUGAGUCGCCUCUGCUCCAAAGGGACGUCUUCGACUUGCUGCUGCAUCGUCGAAGCUGACUGAUAUGGCCCCAGGAACAGCGUUCCAGCCCGUUUUCCAUGACACAGCAACACUCACGGACCCCAAAGCAGGCCAGCACGUCGUGCUAUUCAGCGGCAAGAUCUACUACGACCUUGCCAAAGAGCGCGCCGCGCGCAACGUUGAACCACGCGUCACUCUCGUGUGCAUCGAAGAGCUUGCGCCGUUCCCGUUUGCUGCGCUCAGUGAAGCGCUUGCACCUUAUGCCGAGGCCAACGUGUUGUGGGUGCAGGAGGAGCCUAAGAAUUAGGGCGCGUAGGGA